UAUGUAUCCGUAUAAAUCUACGACACAUAAUACUCCACGGUUUGUAAUUCUUUAGGUAAAUAUUAAUACCUCGUGAAGAGUAGAUAUAAGGCAUAUAUCCUCUCACGUGAAAUUUGAAAUCUGAUGAAACUAAAAUAGAAUACAAGUAAUUUGAAUUUGACUCUUAGCAACAUCUCUGAAAACAAAACACAAUGAAAAGCAAAAAAUACGCAUUGGCUCUCAAAAAGCCUAACCAAAGCUUAGAUAAAUCGAUCGAUGAUAAUGGGAAAGGUGGCCAAGUUCGCCUCGAGAGAUCGGUGACUCUCACGAACGGGAUCACCAUAAUAGUCGGGACCAUCAUCGGCUCAGGCAUUUUUAUCACGCCGGGCGAAGUCCUUCGCUCUUGUGGUGCCCCUGGAACCGCCUUGGUUCUGUGGACAAUCUGUGGCCUCUUUUCCCUCCUGGGCGCGUUGUGCUACGCCGAGCUGGGUACUACCAUUCCGCAAUCCGGUGGUGACUACGCUUACAUUCGCGUUUGCUUCGGUGAACUUCCAGCCUUUCUCUUUCUCUGGGUCAAUUUGCUCAUUAUAAGACCGGUAGCCAUGGCCAUAGUCUGCUUGGCAUUCGGCUACUACGCUUCCCAACCUUUGCUGGGAGGGGCCAUCGAGGAAGCUGGUGUGCCUAUUGCCAAACUUCUUGCCGCUUUCGUGAUAGUCCUAUUGACCUUGAUCAAUUGCUGGAGCGUUAAAUUGGCCAUGAAGGUUCAGGACAUCUUUACCGUCGCCAAAGUUAUAGCGUUGUUAAUUAUCAUAAUAUCCGGGAUUGUUGUGAUAUUUCAAGGUAAAGUCCAAAAUUUUGAAAAUUCUUUCGCGGGAACUAAAAGUAUCGGUGAUUUGUCUAUAGCCCUUUAUUCCGGAUUAUUCGCCUUUGGAGGAUGGAACUUCUUAAAUUUCGUGACGGAAGAAAUGAAAGAUCCUUCUAGAAAUCUCCCUCGGUCAAUAAUAAUAGGAUUACCUUUGGUCACCGUCCUUUACAUUUUGACGAAUGUAGCUUACCUAGCUGUUUUAUCACCUGCUCAAAUAAUUACUUCAAAAGCUGUUGCCUUUGAUUUUGCAAACAUUUUAUUCGCCAAAGUGUCGUGGAUCAUGCCUAUUUUCGUUUCCCUCUCAGCUUUUGGGGGAGCCAACGGGAUAUUAUUCACUUCUGGGAGGUUAUUAUUUGUGGGAGCUCAAUACAACCACCUUCCCAAGCUUUUGGCCAUGAUACAUGUCAAGCGAUUCACCCCUAUCCCCUCCAUCCUAUUCCUGUGCCUGAUGUCGCUGGUAUAUCUGACGGGCAAAAAUAUAGGAACAUUGAUAAAUUAUUUUUCCUUCGUAUUUUACAUAUUUGUGGGUGUAUGUAUCGUCGGACUCAUAUACUUGAGAUGGAAACAACCACAAUUGGCCAGACCUAUCAAACUUCCCAUGAUAUUCCACAUAGUAUUCUUGCUUAUGUGCGUUUUCUUAGUCGUGGUCCCUAUCAUGGCUUCUCCCCGAGAUAUGGGCAUUGGAUUAGGCAUCGUUUUAACUGGCUUGCCAGCUUAUUUAAUCACCGUUAAAUGGAAAAACAAGCCAAGAUGCUGGACCAAAAUGAUGAGUGUAGUAACUGUAUUCGUUCAAAAAGUAUUAAUGGUGGUUGGUCAAGAAUUGAAAAUUCCCGACUACGACGAAAAUAAAGGAUUAGGCACUCAUGCCAUGACAGAUCAAAAUGAAAUCUUACCUUUAAACUUGGAAGAUAAAUAAAGGAUAUUCUUUUUUUUUUUUAAAGUUUUUAUACACUUUUCAGAUGAAGCGACAAUAAAAACGAACAUAGUAUUUUGAAAAUAUAAAUUAAAUUUAUAUGUAUAUUAUAUUCUUUCAUUAAAUUGACAUUAGAUAUCCAUGGUUUACGCAUGAUUAUUUGAUAUUUA